ACUUCAGCUCCCAGGAAUAUCUUUGGUGUAGUAUCCAUUUACUGUCAAUCGAGGGUUCUAAAAGCAAUCCUCUUAAGGCGCCACGUUCCGAAGUGAAUAUUUGCGUCAUUUAGGUGCAGCCCCGCGAUCAUGGACACCUUACUCACAGCAGAAAUCGUGGCCAACUCGCCCCAGUUCCGGCGAAAGUCCUCGAUUUUCGUCGAUGCAAUCCAUGAUCUACCUGAAAAGGCCGAUCUUGCCCCGGCACAGCUGUACAGCACGGAAUCCGGUCGGCUUUUCCACUCGGGCCGGAUCGUCAUCAUCACCGUGGGUUUACCCGCCAGAGGCAAGACACACAUCUCUGUUGCAUUGGCACGGUAUCUUCGAUGGCUUGGAGUCAAAACCAGGAUCUUCCAUCUAGGUGACUACCGACGUGCCACGAUCCCAUUUGGUGAGGAUAUGCCUGAUGAUUAUUUUUACGUGAACGCAACCGCCUCAUCUGUCCUUCUCCGCCAGAAGAUUGUCAGGAAAUGCCGAGAAGAUAUUUAUCAUUUUCUGAACCAUGAGAAUGGCCAAAUUGCAAUUUACGACUCCGUGAAUCCAUUAGCCUCGGGGCGGCGGUCACUUGCCAAGGAGUUUGCCAAACAUGACAUCGAGACGCUUUUCAUUGAGUCUUGGUGCGAUGAUGAACGGAUUAUCGAAGAGAACGUCCGCAGGGUCAAGAUUUCUUCUCCAGAUUAUGUUUCAUGGAGUCCAGAGGAUGCAGUUAAGCAUUACCUUACUAGAAUAUCCUCUCGGAUCCCCCAGUUCCAGACUAUGGAGGAGAAGGACCUAAACUACAUCAAGAUGAUCAAUGCGGGAGAGCGAUUGAUAGUCAACAAUCGCAGCUUUGGGUACCUCUCGAACCGCAUUGUGUUCUAUCUGCUGAACCUUCACAUCAAGUCUAGACGCACGUACUUUGCGCGGGCUGGCGUCUCAUUGGAGGCAGACUCUUACAAAGCCGAUGCCUCUCUCUCUGAACAAGGAGAAGAUUAUGCUAAGAAAAUGACUGAAUGCUUGCUUGCUCAUCGAGAGGCUGAGAACCAGACAAAAAUCUCCCAGGGUGAGGCCGGGAAUGAACCGCGGCCUUUGAAGGUUUGGACGUCGACGAGACGCCGUACUGUGGAGACCGCGAGAUACCUUCAUGAGAAAGGAUACAAGGUCCGCCAGCGGUCUCAAAUGAGCCAACUCAACCCGGGAGUCUGCGAGAAAAUGUCAGAGAGGCGCAUCCGAGCCGAAUACUCGGAUGAGGUCUCCAAGCACGAGCUGGAUCCUUACCACCACCGCUAUCCUCGCGCCGAGUCUUACCAUGAUCUUGCUGUCCGCCUGGAACCGAUCAUUCUUGAAUUGGAGCGAGAACAAAACGAUCUGCUGAUCAUUGCCCACGAAAGCGUUCUCAGGGUCUUAUAUGGGUACCUCAUGGCUUGCAACGCUGCUGAUAUUCCCUUCCUAGAAUUUCCUCGUGAUGAGAUUAUUGAGAUCAUCCCGGAAAGCUACCAAAACGAGGCACAACGAAUCCAUAUUCCCGAUCUUCCCGAAGAAAUCAUUCCUGCCUCCCCUGAAGACCUGAAGAUUCCAGUGCCCCCAAGUGGAGUUGUCUCUCCAAUGCAAGGGUUGGGAAGUCCACAAGAUGGUCUGGCGACUCCCCAGAGUGGCUACCGUACUCCCAGUGGGAUCCGCACUCCUCGUGAACCCGAAAGGCUAUCACAGCAACAUGUCGAAGAUGUUGUUUAGGGCCAGCAACGUUCCUAUGCUCAAUUUGACUUGAUUUGGCU